UGUAAUUAAUUAUGCAGCUGCACUUCCAAACAGCAGAAUUAGACUUGGUAGCAUUGAGGUGUAUAGUGUGGGAAAUUAGGUUGGGACAAUACACUAACUAAUGCAACAUGAUCAGCUGUUUAAAGAAUCUGAUUAAACAUUAAUUUUCUUAUUAAUGUAAUGCUAGCGAAGGUCAGCAGCAUUUUCUUAAUCAUUGAAAACUACCUCUGAUCACCAAUGCAUUUACUUGAAGAUUCCCAUCUCAGUGAGAGAGGUGCUAUUGAGACAUAUCUCCAGUCACUGGUAUAUGUAACAUCCAGAUACUCAAGAAGGGUCUCGACACAAAUCGUCACUGAUCCUUUUUCUCCUGUGAACAACGAGAAACAGUUUGCUUUGAUCAACUUUGUCCCGUUCUUACGUAAUGCUAAAUAAUUCUGUGACUUUGCCAUGUAAUCUACGACAUGUGAACCAUCAACAAAACAUGUGCAUUAUUCAUUAGCGACAGCAUGAGCUCUUCAGACAGAUACUGUAUCAGCUAUCUACUUAAACAUUCAACAGUUAUUGUGUAAUUCAGUCGUGGGUUUACUGCUCAUCAGAGUCAAUGUGUGCCAGGAGUGUAAUACAGGAGUGAAACAUGGAUCUAUCUGUCUUGCCAAAUAACAAUCAUCCUGACAAAUUUCUGCAGUUAGAUGUAAAAGCUCUAAGUAUAAGACCUGGUUUAGGCCCAGUUGGUUUCACAGGUCUCUCCGGGGCAGCUUUGAGCAGUCAACAGUGGCACAAUCAAGUCUAUUCUCAGGUAAGUGUGUUGAUCAGCUUUCGAUCAGUGCUUGAUCUCUUACAAAUUGAUAAUGUUAUUAAUAUCACUGUUACUGCACAUGUCUUCCAGAAUAAGAACCAAAAGCCACAGGGGAAGAUCAGCACGCAGCAGAAUGAUGAUUUCCCUGUUCUCAUUGAUAAAGUAAUCAGCCAACAUAGCACUCCCCUCACCCUGAAGUCCACCAUUAAGACAAAUCCCCUGUACGCAGACUGUAGAGCGGUCGAAGGCUGGCAACAGAACAAGACUCAUCCCUCAUGGACAAUUCAGGACUACGACAGACAGUCGAUGCAAACAAAUUUAGCAAUUCAUCUUAGCAAGGAUCCAAAUGACCUGAAGUUUUGGUUGGAUGACAUUUAUACACCAGGAUUUGAUUCUUUACUGAGAAAAAAAGAAACUGAGCUCAAAAGAGCCAAAUGUUGUAAAUUAAUAUCUGUGGUAGUUUUGGUAACUUGCACUUUAGUCACUGUAAUUACUGUAUUAAUAGUUGUUGUUUGAUACUAAAUUAGUUAGUUAAUGAACAUUUAUAUAAACUAUUGUCAUAAUCAUGUUCAUGUACUUCAGAUUCACAAAUUAAUACAGCACUGGGCGCAUUUGACCUGGGCCACUUCAAUGAGAGUCCAAUUCAUCUCAAUCCCCUGCUCUUUCCCACUAGCCCUGAAACCUCACUCCUUUUUCCAGCAUCAUUCCAGAUGGUUCAUUCAGAUUGCAAUGCCUGCCAGUUAGUGAGGAUUGCUGGUUACUUUAAAUGUGUCUUCUAUUGUCACUAACUUCCCUUUCACUUUUUCACCCUCUGUACCAUUCCCACCAAUACAAAAUAUUUUCUGAUGGCUUUAUAUCAUAUCUUAAACAUAAAUUGUAUUAUUUCAUACAUCUUAAGGGAUUGAUAUGCAUGUAUUGUGUAUACACAUAUGCACAGUUUGGUUGGAGACUGUGGAAUAAAAAAAGAUGGACAUAUUUUAGCAGUUUUCUAUGCCGGUUAGUAUACAUCAUUUUCCUGGCACUGCGUAGCCAGAAAAAGAGCACACAAUUAAAGACAAAACUGUGAAGAAUGGCUCUUGUGUGAAUUAAAUCAAACAGACUCCAGUCAUGUCAGAGGGCCACUGCGGGGGUUGGCAGACACACUUGCAUGUUGAGGAACCAGGUGCUUUGUUCAGCAU